ACUUGGCCACUUUCUUCUUGCUCCAUCCAUGAGCUAACAUUGUCAUCAUGGCGUCUCAAGGCGUCUUACCUUCUUCUUCUUCUACCCAACCGGAAGCCGGUCCUUCUUCCUCCCCGGCCGGUCUCACAACCACUGCACCCCGCAACCCUCAACUCGGUCCAGAUCCUUGGUUCACCUACCCCACCCCAACACCUGAGCAGAUAGAAGAAGAACUUCCGCCUUAUUUCGAAGAUGAAAACGUUCCUCUGGGACUCCUUCUUGACCGUCUGACGCGUAAAACUUACUCGGACAUGCGCCACCUGGUGGAGAAAACGCUUCCAGCGUCUACUGCCAGACAGAAACCCAAACAUAUCAUCGAGUUUGCCAAAACGACGCGACAUGCCGCUCUGAAAUACCUCGCAGUAUUACGAUGGAAGAUGAAUGUCGAUGUUCCUCUUUUCGCCCCUCCCCAAUCCUCUUUUACGACAAUCGGCCCAUCCGCUUCAUUCCCCACACCUCAUUCAUCUGGUGAAUCAAAUGGGAAUGGCGAUAAUAGCAGUCCCGGAUCGUACUCCAUCAAAGGGAAGGGAAAGCUCGUGAAUGAAGAGCCGAGGGUCAUCAGAGGUAAAGUCACAGAUGCCAAGAGGAUCACUCAUCUGCUGGAACAUCAAAAUCGUCAGCAUGAAGAGGCAGUAGCUCAUCUCAAAUAUUCCGUCGCCAUGGUCGACAGCUUACGCGUACGAAAUGCAGAUGUCCUCACUGCUGUUGCUCUGGCUAGCUCUGGUACAUAUACCCGAUUACCUUCUUCUCUGACGCAAGAAUUCCAGCUUCGAAAAUCCCUCACGAACAAGACUAUCGUGGAUACACUUCAGGCUCUCAACACACAUAUUCGGUUUCGCUUACGAUGUAUCGAUUAUCUACCACCAGAAAUAAAGGUCGACAGGGUUCAAAAUGGGAAAGCUUAUAUAUCUGGCGGAGGAAAGAUCGGUUGGAAGGCUGAGAUGACCAUAUGGGGUUUUGGUGAAGGACAAGAAACACGAUGGUGGCUCACCGGUGUGGAGUGGGUUUGGAGAAGUAAGGGCAAAGGCGUGGAUGACCCAGGCGGUUCUGGACGUUUAACACCUGAAGGAAGGCAACAAGUGAUGGAAAUGGUCAACUCACGAGUCCUCCCGCCCCGGCCGGUGCGACAGGGUGAGACUAAAGGUGGAGAAGAGGAAGAGGAUCGGGGCAAAAUGGUCGAUGCUCCUUUAAUACGGCUUCACAAUGUUCUUCAGCAUCUCUCACUGUCCUAUCAAAUGGAAGUUUUAUUCAUGCAAGCAAUGGCUCUGAGCCAAGGCAAGCGUCGGGGUCACUUGCUCGUUGAAAUUGAUCGUCCUCGCAAAGAACUGCGUUUGAGAUAUUGGCCUCGUCCUAGACCUCAUGUGCCCAUCCCUACCAAAACAACAGCAGUCGGCAAACGAUCACUGGCCAGCGCCGCCGUCGCCAAUGUGAAAGCACGACAACCCUACGUCGGAGGUGUCAUCACUAUUGGUUUGGAUGAAAGUCCUCCCAGUGUCGACGAGAAAGUUAUGAGUAUGCUCGGGUCUUUCAGAACGAUCGGCAUGAAUGCCAAAGAGCGGGUGUUAAACUUACGUCUGUCUAUCAAGUGGGAGAUCGGUGAAGCUGGGACUGGUGGUCCUCUGAGAUUAGGGGAUAGGAUGAAUACUUCUUCCAUCAUACCAGAUCCAGCAAAUCUAGAUGUCGAGGAUAUCAUCGGCGAGAUAACAAGACGACAUGCCUCUGCGAAAAGCCGUCAUAUUGUCACCCCAAUAUUGGCCAUCCCUCGAGUGGCAUCUCUCACACCACCGCCAGUCAUCCAUGAAAAUCCUGACACUACAUCUGCUCGUCCGCUCGUUCUUCAAGUACCUAUUCCUUCUCAACAACGUCAUUCCAUCUCGAUUGGUGUUUCAUCCAUCACAGGCAUGGUGGAAGUCCAGGAUAGCGGAGCGAAACGUGGCGAUGCACGAUCAGCCCGGGUGAACGAAGUAACCGUCGGAGCGAACAACGGCAAGGGGAAACUAGGGCCAGAUCUCAUACGUCUGAUCAUUGCUCUCGCCAUCGAAGCUGUGGAGGAUCAAAUGAGACAAAUGGGCUGGGGUCCUAUCCGUCGAUUGGGUCUCCCCUCACAAGAGAUAUCCCAAACCGACUUACAUCCUUCUACCACUGUAUUUGUUCCUGUGCCUUCCUCCCCUCUACAUUUCCUCGCUGCUAAAACCAACCCACAAGGUAUCUUCUUCGAGCUCAUCCGUCAAUCUGACAAAGCCGUUCCUACUAUAUCAGGAUUUCACAUUACAAAUCGCGAUCUUAAGGAUGUCUUCAUCUUUGCCAACGCUCUUGUAGCUCAAACCAUCAUCGAACAACAGCUGAAAGAUCGUUCCAUCCCAUAUAAUGCUCAAUAUCCCGCUAGCGCAGGCGAAGGAGCGCCGACUUCCAAAUCGACAGUGGCGGGUAUGAUCCCGAUAUUCAGUGUGUCAGCCGCCGAAUUACUAAGAAGCGGACCAGCCGCAGACGUAGCAAUGCCAAAAGUCUUCAUUCAGAUAAAAGAUUGGUGGAAGGGUACACGAUGUGGUGCGGUCACAGCGGUACAGCUUCGUCAUCGGUCUGCCGUAUCUGGUGCAGCUGGUUCUCCUGGUCUGGUAGGCGCUGCAGCUGUUGCGGCUGGAAAAUCGGAAGAUAUCACUUUUGAUCAAGCUUCUUCAGUGGUGCAAUUUCACGCUUCGGACAUAAGGAAUUGUGUGGUGAAUUUUUUGGAACAAUGGGAGAGACUUAGUAAGGUGAUUGUCGUGGCUGGAGAAGUUCAUCGUCUGAAGAAAGAAAGUCCUUUUUCUGAUCUACGUCUCCUAUCAUUCGACCUUCGUACAGCUACCUUCAUCUAUACUCCUGGUUUCUGCGCUUCAAUCACAUACGAUCCCAUGGGGGAUACGUACGAAACAUCUUUCUCUCGACUGAACACGGCUUCUUCCACACCGGCCACUAUGGCAGGUAUAACCCCUGCUUCUAAUCCUGCAGGUGUGGAUGCGAACCCUCAUGAAAAACUCGCUCCUCUGUUGAGUUAUUAUCUGAAUCAAUUGGUCGUGAAACGUGGCACGGCAUUUGGGGUAGGCAGUGCAGGUAGACGAUUUAUAGGUUUGCUCAAAGCUACUUUACCACUUUUGUUAGAGGUGGAAGUGUUGAAACAAAGUUUCGAUGUUCAAUUGGUCGUUAGUGGUGUGAGGGAUUAUCGAUUAGUUUGGGAUGUUAAUGAUAAACGAUACGCAAUCGACAUUACCCUCACCGCAGAGCAUAACAGAUUUAUCAUCACCGACGCUUCUCUUUCCUCUGAUGGUUCUUGCGGACCUAUCACUCCUCUGCCAAAAAUCGACGCUAUAGUCAUCACCGUUCAUUCCGUCUUACGUGAAGCCAAGAUGAUCGAAGGCAAGCUAGGAAAACGGUUGAUGAGAUUAGAUUCUGGUAAGAGUUUAGUUUGUGAAGUUCCUUGCGUUUCAGAGGUGAUAAGAUUGUUCGUGAGCGAGGUGACGUGUAUGUUGAGGGGUUUAUAAAGAUUAGUUUAGAAAAGUAGGACCAAAUCAUCUCACACACAAGCAUUCAGAUUUCAUCAUGCAUUGUUGUUUUUUCC